CCAUUGUUCAGCAAAUCUCCUCCAUUAAAGAGCUCGACCCUCAGCGGCGUCCACUAAUCCUGAUUAGAGGCGCAGCGAGCCGGACCUGAGAGCACUUCCCUCUGAGCCGAGGACGGAACCAGCGGAACCAGCGGGACUGUUCCAGGAUGGCGCAGCAGAACCUGUGAGUGUCAGCAGAACCUGUGAAUCCCAGCAUGGACAGCAGAGGAAGGAGAGGAACCCUUGGCUCAGUCAGACGCUCAUCCAUCAAACGCAGCGCGUCUUCUGGAUCACAAAGGAUUCACCGAGCGUGGAUCGAGAGGACCUUCCAGAAGAGAGAAUGCAUCCAGAUCAUUCCCGGCAAAGAUGCCAGCAGGUGCAGCUGUGGUCAGCUGGUGGCGCAGCACACCCCCCUCCCUGCGGGGGCAGUAGAGGAUACGGCCCAGCUGGUCCAGCUGGACGUCCAGCCUACAGAAAGAUGGAGCGUCCUAAAACACACCCAGACGUUCCCCACCGACGCCUACGGGGUCCUGGAGUUCCAGGGAGGGGGGCAUGUCAACAAGGCCAUGUACCUGAGGGUCUCCCAUGACUCCAAGCCAGACUCCCUCCUCCACCUGAUGGUGAGAGAGUGGCAGCUGGAGCUGCCCACACUGCUCAUCUCUGUCCAUGGGGGGCUCCAGAACUUUGACCUGCCCCCCAAACUGAAGCAGGUCUUUGGAAAGGGUCUGAUCAAAGCCGCUGUCACCACCGGAGCCUGGAUCUUCACCGGAGGAGUCAGCACAGGAGUGAUCCGACAUGUUGGAGAUGCUCUCAAAGACCAUUCGUCCAAGUCCAGAGGGAAGGUCUGCGCCAUCGGCAUCGCACCCUGGGGAAUCGUAGAGAACAAAGAGGACCUGAUUGGGAAAGAUGUGACAUGUCCCUACCAGACCAUGUCCAACCCACUCAGCAAGCUGUCGGUCCUGAACAGCAGCCACUCACACUUCAUCCUGUCUGACAACGGCACCACGGGAAAAUACGGAGCGGAGGUCCGCCUUCGUCGGCAGCUGGAGAAGCACAUCUCCCUGCAGAAGAUCAACACACGUUUGGGUCAGGGCGUCCCGGUCGUCUGCCUGAUCCUGGAGGGCGGUCCUAACGUCAUCUCCAUCGUGCUGGAAAGUCUGAAGGAGGAGCCGCCGGUCCCGGUGGUGGUUUGUGACGGCAGCGGUCGGGCCUCGGACAUCAUCUCCUUCGCUCACAAAUACUGCGAGGAGGACGGGUUGGUCAAUGAGAGCGUCAAAGAUCAGCUGCUCGUCACCAUCCAGAAGACCUUCAACUACAGCCGCAGUCAGGCGCAGCAGAUCUACCUCAUGGUGAUGGAGUGCAUGAAGAAGAGAGCGCUGAUCACAGUGUUCAGAAUGGGCUCAGAGGGCCAGCAGGACAUAGAGAUGUCCAUCCUCACCGCUCUGCUGAAAGGCACCAACGCGUCUGCCUCUGAUCAGCUGAGUUUGGCUCUGGCCUGGAACAGAGUGGACAUCGCUCGCAGUCAGAUCUUUGUCUACGGCCUCCACUGGCCGGUGAGUCCUCGCCGCAGCAAACUUCAGUCUGCUGGUUGUUGUGCGUCGUUUGACCGUUUCUGUUUCCAGCCUGUGAGCGCCCUGACGGCGGAUCGACCCAAAAGCCCGGCAGCCCAGAGACAAACAGCAGCAGCAGGAAAAGGCAAAGCCAGAGGAAAGAAGGGAAAAGGAGGAAAGAGCAAACCGGAGCCGCCGGAGGAGACGGACCCUCGGAAACUGGAGCUGCUGAGCUGGGUGAACUCCUUGGAGCAAGCCAUGAUGGACGCGCUGGUGUUGGACCGGGUGGAUUUUGUGAAGCUUCUGAUUGAAAACGGCGUCAACAUCCAUCACUUCCUGACGAUCCCCCGUUUAGAAGAGCUGUACAACACCAAGCUGGGACCUGCCAACACUCUGCACUUUGUGGUACGAGACGUCAAGAAGGGGAAUCUCCCUCCAGACUACCAGAUCACCCUGAUUGAUAUCGGGCUGGUUCUGGAGUUCCUGAUGGGUGGAGCGUACCGCUGCAACUACACCAGGAAGAACUUCAGGGCUCUGUACAACAACCUGUACGGCCUCAAAAGACCCAAAGCUCUGAAGCUGCUCGGCAUGGAGGACGAUGAGCCGCGACCAAAGGGCAAAGGCAAGAAGAAUAAGAAGAAGGAGGAGGAGGUGGACAUUGACGUGGAUGACCCUGAGGUCUGCAGGUUCCAGUAUCCCUUCCAUGAGCUGAUGGUAUGGGCAGUGCUGAUGAAGCGCCAGAAGAUGGCGCUGUUCCUGUGGCAGCGGGGGGAAGAGGCCAUGGCUAAAGCUCUGGUGGCCUGCAAGCUCUACAAGGCCAUGGCUCAUGAAUCGUCUCAGAGCGAGCUGGUGGACGACAUCUAUCAGGAUCUGGAGAACAACUCCAAGGAGUUUGGUCAGCUGGCCUACGAGCUGCUGGAUCAGUCCUACAAGCACGACGAGCAGCUGGCUAUGAAGAUGUUGACCUACGAGCUGAAGAACUGGAGCAACUCCACCUGCCUGAAGCUGGCUGUAGCGGCCAAACACAGAGACUUCAUCGCUCACACCUGCAGCCAGAUGCUGCUGACCGACAUGUGGAUGGGGUGCCUGAGGAUGGGCAAGAGCAACAGUCUGAAGGUGAUUUUGGGAAUCAUUUUCCCCCCCACCAUCCUGCUCUUGGAAUUCAGACUUGGAGAUGAAGCUUCACAUCACGCAUCCAGAGAAAACAUGACUGGGAAAACUAAAGAUGAGGACAAAUCCAAUAAGGAUGCCGCCUUGAACGUCGACACAAUGUCCAAGAAAGGAGACGAAGAAGAGAAUCAGAAGAAGCACCUGAGGAUUCCCAUUGGGAGGAAGAUCUAUGAGUUUUACAACGCCCCUUUCACCAAGUUCUGGUUCAACACGAUCUCAUACCUGGUGUACCUCAUGCUUUACAACUACAUCAUCCUGGUGAAGAUGGAACGCUGGCCUUGUUUGCAGGAGUGGAUUGUCAUCUCGUACAUCAUCACUCUGGGCCUGGAGAAAGUCCGACAGAUCCUGAUGUCAGAGCCUGGAAAGCUGAAACAGAAGAUCAGUGUGUGGUUGGAGGAUUACUGGAACAUCACCGACCUGGUGGCCAUCACUGUCUUCCUGCUGGGCCUGCUGCUGCGUCUGCAGAGCGAGCCCUCCAUGGGCUACGGCCGAGUCAUCUACUGCGUUGACAUUAUCUUCUGGUACAUCCGAGUCCUCGACAUAUUUGGAGUCAACAAGUACCUGGGCCCCUACGUCAUGAUGAUUGGGAAAAUGAUGAUUGACAUGCUGUACUUCGUAGUCAUCAUGCUGGUGGUGUUGAUGAGCUUCGGGGUGGCUCGGCAGGCAAUCCUCCAUCCGGAUGAGGAACCUACAUGGCGCCUGGCUCGAAACAUUUUCUACAUGCCGUACUGGAUGAUCUACGGAGAAGUGUUUGCAGACUCCAUAGACCUUUAUGCCAUGGAGAUAAACCCUCCAUGUGGAGACAACAUGUAUGAUGAAGAUGGGAAGAAGCUCCCUCCAUGUAUUCCCGGAGCCUGGCUAACACCCGCGAUCAUGGCUUGUUAUCUGCUGGUGGCCAACAUCCUCCUCGUCAACCUGCUCAUUGCGGUUUUCAACAACACCUUCUUUGAGGUCAAGUCCAUCUCCAACCAGGUGUGGAAGUUUCAGCGGUAUCAGCUGAUCAUGACCUUCCACGAUCGUCCCAUUUUACCUCCCCCCCUGAUCAUCUUCCCCCACAUCUACAUCCUGCUCAAGAGGCUUUGCUGCAACUGCAUAAGAAAGCCAGAAGGGGAACGAGACGACCGCGAGAGGCGACUUCAGCUGGUGCUUAAUGCAGAUGAGAUAAAGAGUCUGUACGAGUUUGAGGAGCAAUGUGUGGAAGAAUACUUCAGGGAGAAGGAAGACGAGAAGCAGUCCUCCAACAACGAGCGAAUCAGAGUCACAUCAGAGAGGGUGGAGAAUAUGUCCAUGCGCCUGGAAGAGGUCAAUGAGAGGGAGCACUCCAUGAAGGCCUCCCUGCAGACGGUGGACCUCCGCCUGGCUCAGCUGGAGGACUUCUCCAGCCGCAUGAUGAACGCCCUGGAGAAGCUGGCUGGCGUGGAUGGAGCUGAGCUGGUGCGUCCGUGCUCCAGAGCGUCGUCUGUGUGUGGACCGGCCGCUCUGCUACGGCACGGCAGCAUCAACAGCGCUGAUGGACACAGCCUGUACCGCUACCAGCUGGACCUUGAUGACAGAACAACUGGAGAUCUGGAGGACAAGAGAAGCCAUCUAAGUCCAGACAGAAAAGAGACUAAAUCAGGGGACAUCAAGGAUCUUGUUUCUACUCUUGAAGUCGGAGGUCUGAGGGACAGGACUCAGUCUCUGUCCAACGUUGACAUCCUGAUCUCCCCCUGUGACUCCAGCACCUCCUCCACUCUGCCAGCUGCUGGCCUGAAGGAAGCCGACUUCAACAAAUCAUCCCAGAAGAGUCGACUGGAGGCAGUGUCGUCCUUUCCCCUGGAGAAGGGCAAAGUAUCGCAGCUUUUCUCGUCUCCAACUCUGGACAGCAGGAUGUCCAUCAGCACCGAUGUCUGCAGCCCCACCCAGCAGGAGGGGCUGCACAGUCUGACGGGCCCCCAGGCCAUGAAGGAAAAGGAUGGAGGUGAAAAGGAGGGGUCCAAGCUGCCAGGUCAGGAACUGAAGGGCGAUCAGGAUGAGGAAGAGGAGGAGGAGGAGCUACUGGUGGUGAAGGACCGGAUGUACCCAGCACUGCGCUCCAAGAGUCUCAACACCAACCCAAGGAAAGCCAGGACUAAGAAACAGGAGGAAGAGGAGAAGCCUCGUUCAUCUGGCAGUGUUAAAGACUUGGUGUCAGUUUUUAGGGGAGGUCAGGAGGCCUUGAACCGGAACCAAAACCAGAACCAGAACCAGAACCAGAGACUCUGACAGUGAGUGACUGAGGUGAUCUAAAGUCAGGUUAAUGCUGGCUGACACACUGAGCCAGUUUCAUUCAGAAUGUGGUGGAAAGACAUUUCCUACACCAACAUUUGAUUUGUGUUCUUCAGGGUUCUGUAAAGAGAAAGAUUUAGGAGAACUUCAGGUUUAUGUUUGGAACACUAGAUGUUUAAAACACUGGAACUUUGUUUAGAAAUCUAAAUGUGUAGAAAACCUUAUCUUUGUUUAGAGCAUUGAACGUUUAGAACAAUGAAUGUUUAGAUGGGCGGUGGAACUGGGAACUUCUCAGGUAGAUCCACACCUGCUCUAUAACUCCAGCCUGCAGGUGCAUUUACUGGAUUGGUCCCUGCUCCAGCACACCUGAUGCAGCAGGUAGAUGCUAUAAACCCCUUAGCUCCGUUUGCUCUGUGCAUGCUAGCUAGCGGGACGGUUUAUUUUCUAGACGUGAGAUACAUGAGAACAUGAGAUUAGUUCAUAUCUGACAAGAAACAGAAGGAAAUCAGAGAAAACGUCAGCAAUGAUGAAGCGAUAGAGAAUAUGAUGCAGACUGACUUCUCUCAAAGGAAGUACAUUUAGAGAAUAUCAACCAUAGAUAAUAAAAUAAGUUACUACAUAUGGCUUUAUGCUGCUGUAUGCUAACCUGCUGAUCAUAUCUGCCAAUAUUUUACUAAUAAAACUGUCAUUUGCACUGAUAUGAAGUAUGAAUCUAAAACUGUCAUCAAACUACAGAAGUCAUGAAAACAAGCACCAAUAAAACAUUUUUGUCUGAGGCUCUUUCUUUCUAAAUAUUGUAGAGAACAUGGACCCGGUUCUGA